UGGUGUGAAUGCUCUUUAACAGGUGAUUAACGCGGCUCUGGCUCUAGCUGCCAAGCCCAACAGUAAGGUUGCCCAGGACAACAUGGACCUCUUCAAAGAGUCCUGGGAGAAGCAGGUCCGCGUUCUCACUGACGCCGUCGAUGACAUCACCAGCAUCGACGACUUCCUCUGUGUGUCCGAGAACCACAUUCUGGAGGACGUGAACAAGUGUGUGAUAGCGCUGCAGGAGAAGGAUGUGGACGGGUUGGACCGCACGGCCGGCGCCAUCCGUGGCCGCGCCGCCAGAGUGGUCCAUGUGGUCACGUGUGAGAUGGACAACUAUGAACCUGGAGUCUAUACAGAGAAGGUUCUGGAGGCCACCAAGCUGCUCACCAACACAGUCAUGCCCAGGUUCACAGAGCAGGUGGAGGCAGCGGUCGAGGCUCUGAGUGCCAACCCCACACUCCCCGUGGACGAGAACGAGUUCAUCGAUGCCUCCCGUCUGGUCUACGAUGGAGUCCGCGACAUCCGCAAGGCCGUGCUGAUGAUCCGGGUGAGUGUACACGCUAGACAACCAC